AUGAUCGUCGUCCUACACACCGUUGCAUUAUGUUGGUUCACGUUACGAUCGUAUGCCAUCGAAGUCAUACCUGCCUCGUACGCUUGGAGCACGUUUACAGGACCCGUUUCCGGCCAAGUACACGAAGUCAAACCGUGGAGUCCGUCUUCGCCGGCAUCUUCGUACUCAGAAUUCGAAGGUGCAAACGAAGAAAGCAAUCAUUACGGGCCAGAUUAUGUGGCGAAACCCCAUUACUCGUUCGCAUAUGGCGUGGAGAACCCAAACACGGGCGACAGCCACGGUCACUCUGAGACGCGGGACGGUUCGCAUGUAACCGGCGAGUAUACCGUAAUGGAACCAGAUGGCGUGUUAAGGCGGGUGCUGUACACGGCCGACCCUAAAAACGGUUUCCGAGCGUCCGUCCGGUACGUCCGACCCGACGGUGAAGAGUCACCCAACCGCGACCACGGUUACCACAGCGGCCCAGAACGGUUACCGGGGCCGCCUCCGCAUCAGCAGCAACAAUCCGAGUACGAGUCUGAUGGCGGUGGCGGUGGUGACGAUGACGACGAACCGCGUCCGUUCGCGUUGCAGCCGCAAUCGCUGUCCCUAUCGUCCGAGCACGAGUCGGAUGUUGACGGAGAAUCGUUCGCGCCGCAGUUGCCGCGACCACAGCCGCUGUCGUUGAACUUUGGUUUCAACAAGUUCAACGACGUCAAUAACAACAACAACAACAACAACGUCGACGACGAUGACGGCGACAACAACAGCGACAACAACGGCGACUACGACAGCAGCCGCCCGUCGGGGUUCAAGUUCCCGUCGCCGUCCAGUCCGUUCUUCAAGGCGCCCGACGCGGUUAAUGAUUCGGGUGAUUACGGAGACAGUGAGAAGUACUAUCAUUGGCAGGGCACGCUGGGCACGCCACCACCACCAUCGUCGCUUGGCUUGUCAUCGUCACCAUCGCCGUUCGGUUUGCCGCCGUCUGCGUCCUCCUCGUUUGGUGACGACAGUGGCCUGGCGACCGCAUCGUCGAAGACACCGUUUGUCGGCUUUGUCCAACGGCCAUCACCGACGGCGCCGCUGCCUUGCCGACCUCAGCCGCCACCCAGCCGUGCGCCGCUGUCGUCGAAUAUUAUGAGCUAUCAGACGGGCCACUCAAACAGUCUACCGUUGUACGUCAAAUCGUCGGCCGACCGCGAGCUCGAACAUUUCCGGUCGCUGCAUGUGGACAUCGAUGACGACGACGACCACGACGACAUCGAAAACUACGAAUCGGACGACAGCGACACGGACAACGCGCGCGUGGCCGACGUCGUCCGUCUGUUACCGUCCCCUAAACCGGCACCAUCACCUUCGCCAACCACGCAGACGUCUACGUCACGGACGCCUUCCCUAACGGCGUCAGCCAUUGCUAAGCCACCUGCGGCUUCUGCGCCGUCACCGUCGUUCCGCCGGCCACCGUCGCCGCUCGACGCCCUCGACCUGUCGCCGUCACCAACCAUGACACCCAUACAGCCGACCAUCAUCGACAUUGACGUCUGACCCGCUGCCACAAACGAUACCAUGGUUCCACCAACACAACUACUAUAACUGCAGUCGUAGUACUUAAUUACUAUAUACUACACAAAUUCUAUUUCAAAUCGUUAACUUUGAUAAAUUCUAUCGGAAAUUGAUUGCGGAAACAUUUCCACAUAAUUUACAUUCCCCGUUAACCAUUUCACCAAAAUAAUUUAAUCAAUAUCGAACAAUCUAUAUGGUGCAUUCUUAUUUGUCACCAAACAUGUUGUAUCGCCACACUGAUGCAAAAUGGUUAAAUUAUCGAGAUUUACAGCUAGGGGCCUACAAAUUCAUAUAUUAUAGCACUCGAGAACUGCAUUUCCGGUUACCCAUAAUACAAUUUAGAGUUUUUGCAUUAUUACAUGACAUUCAAUAUUAUGUGCAUUGCAGAAUGUUGCUGCACUUUUAUAUCUCGUAACUUUUUUCAACGGUCAAUAAUUAUAUAAUAAUCCGUGAGGUAGUCUUAUUUGUAAUUACCUACUGUUUUCAAAUUUAUUUUGAAAAUAAUCAUAAGUUUCAAUAUUAUCGGGGGAUAGUAAUUUGUAUUCUAAUGUUCCAUAAACAUUCACUAAAGAUUUAAUGAAUCAACAGCGAGCUAAUGGCCCAUUGGUUGUUUACAUUUUAACAAAACAAUAAAUUAUUCAAUUUUUAUAUAAUUGCAAUCUAGCACGAGUACCUAUUAUGUUAUAAAAAGUACUACCUAUAUCUGCAUUUUGAGAAAAAAAUUCUUCAUUGAACAACUGGAAUGAAUAAAUUACGUAUUA